ACUUCUGCAUUGCAUUUGCGACAGAAGGAAAGAAACUUGAAAGUGUGGAGCAGAUAAAGUGAGAAAAUAAGCCCCCGUUUCUAAAUACUCCUUACCCUCUCCCACUCUCUUUUCUACUCCAAACCCCAUCCUUUUCCUCCUCAUUUGCACAACUUCAAAGAUGGCUUCACUCUCUUUCCUACAGCUCUCGCCUCCCAAUCUCCUCCAAAACACUCCGAAAUCCCUCAUAGUCCCACCAAAGCUCCAUUCCCACUCUCCCAAUCCGACCAGUCUCCAAAACCUUCCCAGGCUCACCUAUUCACCUAUCUUUCUCACACACAAACGCUUCCGAGCGCUACUCUUCGCUGUAGUGGAGGAUACCCAGACCCCGCUUGCUUCCCUUGACCCAUCCUCGGAGGCCGCCAUGAGGCUGUAUAUAGGCAACAUUCCGAGGACCUUGGAUAACGCAGAGCUCACCCGGAUUGUCGAAGAGCACGGUGCUGUGGAGAAAGCUGAGGUGAUGUAUGACAAGUACUCUGGAAGGAGCCGUCGAUUCGCGUUUGUUACCGCUAAGACAGUUGAGGAUGCAAAUGCAAUAAUUGAGAAACUGAAUGGAACUGAAAUUGGAGGACGUGAGAUCAAAGUAAACAUAACAGAAAAGCCUUUGCAGACGGUAGAUUUUUCCCUUUUCCAGGCAGAGGAAUCCCAAUUUGUUGACAGCCCCCACAAGGUGUACGUAGGAAAUCUUGCAAAGACAGUAACCACGGAGAUGCUCAAAAGCUUCUUUUCUGAGAAGGGAAAGGUUCUUAGUGCAAAGGUUUCGCGGGUCCCUGGGACCUCAAAAUCCAGUGGGUUUGGGUUUGUUUCAUUUUCCUCAGAGGAGGAUGUGGAAGCUGCUAUCUCGUCUUUGAACAACACGUUGUUGGAAGGGCAACGAAUUCGUGUAAACAAGGCAUAAAAUGGGAGGGCUGCAACCAUGGGCAUGCUCCAUUUUGUAUCCAUUUGUGUUGAAAAAUUAGGGCAGUAAUUUUCAAAUGAAGUAAACUAGAGUGAAUUAUAAACUUUGCCUCUUGCGUCAUUUAAUUAUUUGUAUGAUUCUCAAUGGAAGCUAAUAAGCUAUGCAGUGAGUGCACUUGCUA